UCACCAUGACAGCCGCAUCAACCAGUGGAUCCGCAGGAGCCCCAGCAGCCGCCGCUGCUAAUCGACAAGAAGUCGCUGAUGUGUUGGAAGAACGCUUGAUCGAUGCCGAAUACAAGAUUUGGAAGAAAAAUACUCCCUUUCUCUACGACUUUGUCCUGACGCAUGCCCUGGAAUGGCCCAGUUUGACCUGCCAAUUUCUACCCACUGUCCGCAAGGCAGGAGAUACCGCCGAAGAACUCUCGCUGUUACUGGGCACACACACCACGGGAGAACAGAAUUAUCUCAUGAUGGCCAGUUGUGUCAUUCCCACUCCCGAAGAUGUCAUUGAGUCCAAUACGGCGGAAGGCACCACGGCCGCUUCGUAUGACGAAGAAAAGCAGGAAAUGGGAGGAUUUGGCCGCAAUCCCAAUUCCAUUGUCGGAAAAAUUGAAGUCCGCAUGAAGGUCAAACACGAAGGAGAAGUCAAUCGAGCACGACACAUGCCACAGAAUCAUUUCAUUGUCGCCACCAGAGGACCCAAUCCAGAAGUAUACGUAUGGGAUAUCUCCAAACAUCCCAGUUUCCCUGCGGAUAAUGCACCCUUUGCACCACAGGGAGUCUGUGUGGGACAUGCCAAGGAAGGAUACGGACUCUGCUGGUCGCCACAUCAAGCGGGGUAUUUGUUGUCGGGCAGUGAAGAUAACACGCUCUGUCUUUGGGAUGUCCAAAAUGUCAUUGGAAAAGGUCCCGCCAGCAAUGCACCGGGAACACAAAUUCAACCAAAGACGAUAUUGCGUGGGCAUACGGAUGUCGUGGAAGAUGUCGAUUGGCAUUACAAGGAUCCCAACAUGGUCGGAAGUGUAUCCGAUGACAAGACGGUGCGAUUGUGGGAUAUUCGAAAAACCGAGCCCGUACAUUUGGUCCAAAAUGCACACGACAAUGAUAUCAAUUGCAUUGCAUUUAAUCCCGAAAAGGAAUUCUUGCUGGCGACGGGCAGUGCCGACAAGACGGUGGCUAUUUGGGAUAUGCGAAACUUGAAAUCCAAACUCCACAAUCUCCAAGGCCACACGGAUCAAGUCUACAAGAUUGAAUGGGCACCUCACAAUGAAUCCAUUUUAGCGUCCUGCUCGGCGGAUCGAAGAGUCGGAAUUUGGGAUCUAUCACGGAUUGGACAAGAACAAUCCGAAGAAGAUGCCGAAGAUGGACCUCCGGAAUUGCUUUUCCUUCAUGGAGGACACACAUCCAAAGUCUCGGAUUUCUCCUGGAGUGCCAAGUCUGAAUGGACCGUCGCCAGUGUUUCGGAAGACAAUAUCCUACAGGUGUGGAACAUGGCAGAAGAAAUCUAUGCUGCCGAUGAUGACGAGGAGGAAAUGUCGUCGGGUGCAGGAGAAGACCGUGUCCUGGCGGAUGAUGAUUUGGAGGAGUAAACUACAGAGCAACAAUCCAUCAGCAAGAGCAAGCAAGCAAGCAACACUGCUUUUUAGUCAACUUUUUGGGGCAGACAUCAUCUUUAUAUGUAGCUUGUACGGAUACUUCUUUGGAUCAAGAACUCUCUAUAAUUAGCUAGGUAUCAGUUAUUGUC